AUGCCGGUCAACUGCUGCGACAUCAUUCGCGCCAUUCCACCGCUAUCGAGCGCGAGUCGUCGUUUCGGGUGCGGGACGGUGCACGAGGUGUUCGAGUACGCGGUGAAGCGACACGCGAGCAGACCGGCGCUGGGCGAACGGGACGUCGAGGAGACGACGAAGACGACGACGAGCGACGGGCGAGAGGUGGAAAAAUUACGAUUGGGAGGGUAUAAAUGGAUGACGUUUCGAGAGGCGAGCGAACGGGUGAGCGCGAUCGCGAGUGGGUUGGUGGAUCUCGCGGGGUUGAAGCCGCAAGACAAGGUGAUAAUCUACGCCGAUACCAAGCGCGAUUGGCAGCUCACGGCGCAGGCGUGCUUUCGAAUGAAUCUCACGGUGGUGACGAUUUACGCCACGCUCGGUGAAGACGGGGUGAAGCAUGGGAUAAAUCAAACCAAGGCAAGCGUCGUCGUGUGCGAUGGAAAACUCUUGAAGACGUUGACAAACGUCGCCGGGGAUUGUCCGUCGCUCAAGCACGUGGUGACGAUGGGCGAGCCCGAACAAGCGUCGUUGGAUAAGUUACCCAAGAGUGUGUUCCAAAUCGGACUAGACGAGGUCGCAACGCUCGGUGCGCGCAAGCCCAUGGCGGCGCGGCCGCCGAAAUCGACCGACAUCGCGGUUUUGAUGUACACCAGCGGUACCACGGGGGCGCCGAAGGGCGUCAUGUUGAACCACUCCAACGUGUGCGCGACGAUGACUGGCCUCAAAGACGCGGGUGAUUUUACCAAUAAGGACGUCUACUUGGCGUACCUGCCGCUGGCACACAUCAUGGAGAUGGCGGCGGAAACGGUGAUGCUCGCUCUCGGUGCCGCGAUCGGUUACGGCUCGCCGCAAACGCUCACGGACACUGGAUUGAAGCUCGCGCCGGGCACGCGAGGCGACGCGCCUACGUUGAAGCCGACGUUCAUGGUGUUCGCUCCGGCCGUGCUCGAUCGAGUCCGUCAAGCCGUGCAGGCCAAGUUUAGCGCCGCAAAACCGGCGUUGAAGAAACUCAUCAACGCGGGCUUGGUAGCGGGUCGUAAAGACUUUGAAAACGGUAAAAUCGGCGCGCCGUUCUUGUACAACGCCAUCAUCUUUAAAAAGGUGCAAAAGCUCAUCGGUGGACGCGUGCGUAUCAUGAUUUCUGGGUCCGCGCCGCUGUCGCGCGAGACGCAAAUCUUCAUGCAAACGUGCUUCCGAUGCCCGGUUCGUCAAGGUUAUGGGUUAACUGAAACCGGUUCGUGCGGUACCAUCGCUUCGUUUGACGAUUAUUCGCCAACCGUCGGUCAAGUCCUCACCUCGGUGAGCAUCUCUCUCCGCGAUUGGGAAGAAGGUGGAUACCGAGUCGCGGACGAAAAAGACCCGUCCAUCGGUAUGCCUCGCGGUGAAGUUCUCAUCGGUGGUCCCGUCGUGUGCCAAGGGUACUUCACUGCGCCUCACAUGCCCGACCCAGAGCUCGAAGCGAAGAACGCAUCCGAGUUCUCCGUCAUCGACGGCGUGCGUUACUUCCACACCGGCGAUGUCGGCCAAUUCACCGCUGACGGUCAAUUGAUGAUCAUCGAUCGCAAAAAAGACUUGGUCAAGCUUCAACAAGGCGAAUACGUCGCCCUGAGCAAGGUCGAGAACGUCUUGAAGCAAUCCCCGUACGUCGCCAUGGCCAUGGCGUAUGCCGAUUCCAAGCACUCGUAUUGCAUCGCCGUCGUCGUCGUCAACGAGGCGCCGCUGAAAAAGCUCGCGUCGAGCAAGGGCAUCACCGGCGACGUCGACACGCUGUGCGCAAACUCCACGAUCAUCAAGGAAAUUUCAUCUGCGUGCAAAUCGGCGUGUAAGACUGGGAAACUCGUCGGUUUCGAGACGCCGACGACGUACAUCUUAACCGCCGAGCCGUGGACUCCGGAUAACGACUUGGUCACCGCGGCGUUCAAGUUAAAGCGACAAAACAUCGUUAAAGCCUUCAAAACAGAAAUCGAUCGCGCGUACGCGUGAGUGUUCUUGUCAAUCAUCGCAUCAAAGCAUCUUCUCAA